AUGAGUGAACCCCAGGACGAACGUCCUCACGAGCUGGAGAGCCAGUUCAUCCUGCGCCUGCCCCCGGAACAUGCUUCCGCUCUCCGGGAAAUCAUCCGUUCUGGCAGUGCCGCCACGAGAGAGAAACUAAAGAUCGACUUAUCUCCUGACACCCGGCACGCCGUUGUUCAGGUGGAUAAUGUGUCGCUCUCUGCCAGGGUUGUUGAUUUGCCUUGUGUUAUCGGAAGCCUGAAAACUCACGAUCGGAAGACCUUUUAUCAGACAGCGGAUAUUUCCCAGAUGCUUCUAUGCAGUGCCGAUGGCGAUCCCCGCCCUUCUUCCGUAGAGCUCGUCCCUUCUGCUGGUGCUCCAGCAAUGGGAAACGAAGGGGAAACCGAGAAAAAAUGUCUUUGGAAGCAUGGCAUUACCCCACCGCUUAAGAAUGUCAGAAAGAGACGGUUUCGGAAGCCAGCAAGGAAGCUCCCUGAUAGGAAGCAGAGUGAAGAAGGUGGUAGUGGCGCCAUUGAUUCUAAAGACGUGGAAAAGGAAGUAAAGAGACUGCUCCGUUCAGAUGCUGAAGCCAUCAGCAGCCGAUGGGAAAUCGUUGAUGAUGAAAUCAAGGCAGUCCAAAGUCAAACUUGUGUCCCAGGGCUUCCUGACCCCACUGCAAUAAGUGGUCCUGUCUCAUCAGAAUGUGCUAUACCUCAGAACACAUUCCGUGAUUCUAGCCAUCAUGAUGAUGAUCAAGAAGAGAAGGAUGAGGAGGAAGAGGAGGAAGAAGAUGAGGAGGAGGAGGAGGAAGAGGAGGAGGAAGAAGAGGAGGAAGAUGAUUAUGAAGAGGAUCUGGAAAGGGAGCUACAAGCCAAGUUUAUUGAGUUUAGCUCGUGCAAAGCUAAGGAAGGCCAUAGUUCAAUAAUUUUGGGAAUUCAGAAGCUGAUUCAUCACAAGGAGAAGAAGCUCCAAAAGAUUCAGGGCAAAGCACAAAGACAAAAAUAUCUCCUCAGAAAAUUGGAAAACCUGACCCUCAAGAGUCAUUUCCAGUCUGUGCUAGGACAGCUCAAGUUGCAGGAGAAGCAGAAGCUUGAGCAGAUCAUUUUCCUGCAGGAACAACUGAAAUAUUUUUUGAAGAAGUAA